CUGAUAACAUAACGAUGUCUCAUUGUCAUAUGAGGCACUCAUCUCGACCUACAUUGAAAACAGGCAUGUGACAACCCACUCUUAUCACAACUGCACAUGACUAACCCCUUAUCACAGCUGCACUUGACUACCCCCUUAUCACACCUGUAGAAAUAUUACCAGGCCACAGUCCAGUCAUCACAUGCUAGGACUGGGCGUUGUUUGCAGCAAAUGCGCAGAUCCCGAGGACACCAGCAGUUGGAUGUCAAUCACUGACCACUCAUGUUCUGAAGGUGCUGAGGACAACAGCAGUUCAAUGUCAAUUUGUUUGUUCAGAUGGACCUGACAGUAGCAACUUCAUCCCUGCAUAACAUAGCUGUGUAAAGACCUUAUACUGAGAUGGCCAGUUCAAGUGAUGUGACAAGUGUGGCCUUGACACAGGAGGAGGAGGACCUUGAAGACCAGACGAUUGAGGUCAUCAGCUCAGGAGGUAUUCCGCUGAGAGACAGCUCUGGUGAUGCCCCUAAGGCCAUCACUCUCGUCCAGACACAGAACAUAUUUACUGGACCAACUCCUGCAGGGACAGUUGGUGAAGCUACCCUUGACCUUCAAAUAAGUGAUGCUGAAGAAAUCUUUGUGGAAACGGAGAGCUUCAGGACAGUAAAACAAAAACUGAAGCAACAUGGCCAUGUCACCAUCUGUGGUGCUUCAGGAGAAGGCAAAACAACAGCAGCUCUCAAGCUUGGUUCUCAGUAUAGAAAAAGGGGGUACAAACUUGCAUUUGUGGACAGAAUUGAACAGUUUGACUUGGACAGCUUCUUGAGUUCUUCACCUAGAGUAUUUCUGAUCAUAGAUGAUAUGUUUGGUACUGUUAGAUUAACGACAGAUGUUUCACAGCUGAAAACAUUUCUCAAUAGGCUUGAUAGACACUUAAAACACUGCACAAAGGAUAUUCGUGUUGUCUUCACAUCCAAGACAUACAACUUCCAUGAUGGACUUGCUCAGCUGCAGUAUGAAAGAUUCUCGCUGUUUGAGGGACAAACACUGGUGGAUUUAACCACUGAAAAGAAACACAGAUAUACUCAAGCAGAGAAACAGGCUAUAUUUGAGCACCACAGGGACAUACAUAGAGACCAUUCUGAUGAGGACAUACCAGACUUCGAACUGUGGGAGAUGGAUUCCGAUAUCUUUGGAUUUCCUCUCACUUGUAAACUUAUUUUUGACUUUUCAUCCAUUUUCCAAAAUAGAAAGAAAUUUUUCAAGGAACCACUGUUUUAUCUUAGGCAAGAGCUCAGAAAAUUACUGAGGGCGAAAACUGAUCGAUCAGCCAUAUUAGUUCUGAUGCUGCUAGGUGAAGAUAGGUUAGAUUUGGCCAAGUUGGAAGCAGACGGCAAGGACAAGAAACUGGACAACAUGGUCAGAACUGUUUUAGAGUUGCUGCCAUCAGCUUCACGUUUAGGAAUGUACGAAGCAGCAAAGUGUCUUAGAGGAACAUUCUUUACACGUGGUGAUGCUGUUGGAUUUGCCCAUUCUUGCAUAUAUGAUGCUUGUGCUUGUUCGUUGUAUGACAUCAGUCCAACAUUUGUGCUGACUCACUGCAGUGAUAAUUUCAUAUAUGAACGAGUACAACCACAUCCUGUGGAGGAAAGCAAAACUGACGAGCAUCUCCACCUUAUAUAUGUCUCUGAACAGUAUUAUGACAUCCUGACCACUCGACUUGCAGAAUCGAUAAAGCUUGGGCAGUUUUCUAAAUCAGUGACACACCCCAUCCUCCGACAAGAAAAGGUGGCUCUUCAACUGCUUGACAAACUACACCGUGAUAGAUCCAUGGCCAAGAGUUGGUUUCACAAAAGUGACAAGGGGAGGUGCUUUUUGUUUUGGGCUGUUCUUGGACACAAUGAAAAGUUUGUCUUAGAAAUCGAAAAUAUAACUGGAGGAGAAUUUACUCUAACAGAGAUCAGUGAAGGCACGAUUGGUUGUGUUCGCAACAACAACCUGGCAGUACUGAAGUGGCUCUUCUCCAGGACUGAACUUCCACACAUUGAUUUUGCCAAGAACACGUUGCUUUGGCUGGCUGCUCAAAGCGGGAGUUCUGAAACACUUGUUUAUCUGAUAGAAAAUGGUGCCAAUGUGUUGGUUGCUGAUGAAGACAUGAUAAACAUUAUACACUUAGCAUGCAGGUUUGGACAUAAGAAAACACUAACAGUACUGAAAGAACACACCAGCAAAGUCUUUACUGAUGAAGUGAAGCAAGGUCUAAUGAACUCUACUGAUGACGAAGGGAUGACUCCACUAAUGGUUGCAGCAGGCAUGGGAUCUUACGACUGUUAUCAGGUGUUGCAAUCAAUAUCUAACAAGAAAACCAAAGACAAAUAUGGAAAUCUUUUAAUUCACCUGGCCUGUGAGGGUGGAAACAAGGCCAUAGUACAACAUCUUGUGUCACCUUCUAACAUCAAUAUCACGGGAAACAAUGGACGCACUCCAGUAAUGAUGGCAGCUGCCCAAGGACAUCAAAGUGUGUUUGACCUCCUGGUAUCCAAGCAAGCUGACCUGACACUGGUGGACAAAGAUGGUAAUAGUGUCCUUCAUCUUGCCUGUUUGGGUGGAAACAAGGCCAUAGUACAACAUCUUGUGUCAUCUUCUAACAUCAAUACCAGGGGAUACGAUGGACGCACUCCAGUAAUGAUGUCCGCUCUCAAAGGACAUCAAAGUGUGUUUGACCUCCUGGUAUCCAAGCAAGCUGACCUGACACUGGUGGACAAGAGUGGCGAUAGUGUCCUUCAUAAUGCCUGUUUGGGUGGUAACAAGGCCAUAGUACAACAUCUUGUGUCAUCGUCUAACAUCAGUACCAGGGGACACAAUGGACGCACUCCAGUAAUGAUGGCAGCUGUCCAUGGACAUCAAUGUGUGUUUGACCUCCUUGUAUCCAAGCAAGCUGACCUGACACUGGUGGACAAAUAUGGUAAUAUUGUCCUUAUUCAUGCCUGUUGGGGUGGUAACAAGGCCAUAGUACAACACCUUGUGUCACCUUCUAACAUCAAUACCAGGGGACACAAUGGGGGCACUCCAGUGAUGAUGGCAGCUGUCAAAGGACAUCAAAGUGUGUUUGACCUCCUGGUAUCCAAGCAAGCUGACCUGACACUGGUGAACAAGAGUGGUGAUAGUGUCCUUCAUCUUGCCUGUCAGGGUGGAAACAAGGCCAUAGUACAACAUCUUGUGUCACCUUCUAACAUCAAUACCAGGGGACACGAUGGACGCACUCCAGUAAUGAUUGCAGCUGUCAAAGGACAUCAAAGUGUGUUUGACCUCCUGGUAUCCAAGCAAGCUGACCUGACACUAGUGGACAACGAUGGUGACAAUAUACCUCAUCAUGCCUGUGAGGGUGGAAACAAGGCCAUAGUACAACAUCUUGUGUCACCCUCUAACAUCAAUACCAGGGGAAACAAUGGACACACUCCAGUAAUGAUGGCAGCUGCCCAAGGACAUCAAAGAGUGUUUGACCUCCUUGUAUCCAAGCAGGCUGACCUGACACUAGUGGACAAUAGUGGUGAAAGUGUCCUUCAUCAUGCCUGUGUGGGUGGUAACAAGGCCAUAGUACAACAUCUUGUGUCACCUUCUAACAUCAAUACCAGGGGAAACAAUGGACGCACUCCAGUAAUGAUGGCAGCUGUCCAUGGACAUCAAAGUGUGUUUGACCUCCUGGUAUCCAAGCAGGCUGACCUGACACUAGUGGACAAAUAUGGUAAUAUUGUCCUUAUUCAUGCCUGUUCGAGUGGUAACAAGGCCAUAGUACAACACCUUGUGUCAGCUUCUAACAUCAAUACCAGGGGAUACAAUGGGGGCACUCCAGUGAUGCUGGCAGCUGUCCAAGGACAUCAAAGUUUGUUUGACCUCCUGGUAUCCAAGCAAGCUGACCUGACACUGGUGGACAAGAGUGGUGAUAGUGUCCUUCAUCAUGCCUGUUUGGGUGGUAACAAGGCCAUAGUACAACAUCUUGUGUCAUCUUCUAACAUCAAUACCAGGGGACACAAUGGACAGACUCCAGUAAUGAUGGCAGCUGCCCAAGGACAUCAAAGUGUGUUUGACCUCCUGGUAUCCAAGCAAGCUGACCUGACACUAGUGGACAACGAUGGUGACAAUAUACUUCAUCAUGCCUGUGAGGGUGGAAACAAGGCCAUAGUACAACAUCUUGUGUCACCUUCUAACAUCAAUAUCAGGGGACACCAUGGACGCACUCAAGUAAUGAUGUCCGCUCUCAAAGGAGAUCAAAGUGUGUUUGACCUUCUAGUAUCCAAGCAAGCUGACCUGACACUGGUGGACAAAGAUGGUAAUAGUGUCCUUCAUCUUGCCUGUGCGGGUGGUAACAAGGCCAUAGUACAACAUCUUGUGUCACCUUCUAACAUCAAUACCAGGGGACACCAUGGACGCACUCCAGUAAUGAUGUCCGCUCUCAAAGGACAUCAAAGUGUGUUUGACCUCCUUGUAUCCAAGCAAGCUGACCUGACACUAGUGGACAACGAUGGUGACAAUAUACUUCAUCAUGCCUGUGAGGGUGGAAACAAGGCCAUAGUACAACAUCUUGUGUCACCUUCUAACAUCAAUAUCAGGGGACACCAUGGACGCACUCCAGUAAUGAUGUCCGCUCUCAAAGGAGAUCAAAGUGUGUUUGACCUUCUAGUAUCCAAGCAAGCUGACCUGACACUGGUGGACAAACAUGGUAAUCAUGCCCUUCAUAUUGCCUGUGAGGGUGGAAACAAGGCCAUAGUACAACAUCUUGUGUCACCUUAUAACAUCAAUACCGGGGGAAUCGAUGGAUUGACUCCACUUGUGAUGGCAGCUCUAUCAGGUCAUAAGAGUGUGUUUGACCUCCUCAUAUCAAGGAAUGCUGAUCUGACUCAAUGGAUAGCAAUACUAAUAGUUUACUUCAUUUUGCCUAAGAUUCGGUCAAGUCGGCAAUAGUAUAAUAACUAUCACAUGCUCACAGUGUUAAACCCAGAUGUUACAAUGAAACUCAAUGUUAUCACUCAACGUUGUGAAAGAGGAAUUGUUCAAGAUCUGUUUCUUCUGUGAACUCAUUUGGAAAACUGAGUUUUUCUUCAGUUUUUCAAGAUGACUUGGAUGAGGUGAAAAUGAAUAGUUGUGUUUUGUCACAAUGACUUUGACUUUGCUGUCUACAGAAACAUGCAAUUGAUGUUCAUCGAGAGAUGUUUGUUUCACUUGCAGAUACAAAAUAUUCAUAGUACAGUUUGCUUCGCAUGUUAGUGUGACUUAGGCACAUGGUUUUGUGAAACAAUCUAACCUUGUUUUAUAUGCUUUUAGAAAAUAGCUAUAUAUUUUAUUACAUCAAUGAUUUGUGAUAUGAAUACACAAUGCUUUGUAGAAAAUGGUAAUGUAUUACCGGUAUGAAUGAAGAUGAUUUAUCAUCAAUUGCUUAUCAUAAUGCCUUUUACACACACCAUAAGAAAUAAGAAAUCUAUAAAAUAUGGCAUCCAUCUUCAAUAUAAUCACUACAACACUUUGUACAUACUCCAUUAAUAACUUCAGUAUCCUUAGACCUACGAACUAUAUUUAUUUGAAAAUUGUGCAAGAACAUUCUGAAUUUACAAAAUGCUCUUAUUGAUGCUUUAUCUUGUAAUAUAGUUCAAUAUUAAUCAAGUUGUAUCUGAGUCUUGAUACCAUCACAAUUAAAGACAAAAUGUAAAGAUGUAGCCUGCUAAUGGCAAUUAUGGCGACGUGUCAUGUGGUGAACCCUGUGUCUGUGUACAUCCAUCUUUGCUCAUUGCAACCAAAUGUUGACAACUAGAAAUAUAUAAAGUACAUUGACCAUAUCGUAUGGCGACGUGUCAUGUGGUGAACCCUGUGUCUGUGUACAUCCAUCUUUGCUCAUUGCAACCAAAUGUUGACAACUAGAAAUAUAUAAAGUACAUUGACCAUAUCGUA